UUAGGAACCUGACGGCGCAUUUUUACGCUAUCUGGUAUUUUGUAGAGUAAAUCGGCGUUACGCAUUCCGGAAAGAUGCUGCUUUUACGGAAAUGUCGUAAUAAUGUAUAGGAGUAAUUAAGGUGAAGAACACAAUGUCCCUCUUAAGUCACCGUCCGUACAGUCAUUUAGAUAAUGAUGACGACAGAUUUUUAUACAGAAGACACAGGAAAGUACACAGGAAGAAACUGCACAGAUGUCUCCUGGGUACGGUAGUUGUUCUAAGCUUAUUACUAGCAGCAGUGGUAGUGGCAGCCAUCCAGAUAGCUGUAGUCAAUCCUCGAAGUCACACAAACGAUGCAUCACCAGUUAUAAGGAGGGAGUCAUCAGCUGCUUUCGAAGACGCGCUCGUGGUCAGAACGAACUGUGGAGAAUAUAUUGGAACGAUUGAAGAUGGUGCAUUCGUUUUUAAGGGUAUGCCAUACGCCAAAGCACCAGUUGGGCACUUACGGUGGAAAAAACCUAUUUCCUGGUGGUCAGACGGGGAAUGGUGCGGAAGAAAAGAACGGAGGAGAGCUCACAAAUACGCCAAACCUUGCUUCCACCUGGAUCCAGAAACGAAGAAGUUUAGAGGAACAGAAGACUGUCUUUAUCUCAAUGUCUGGUCUCCAAGACUAGACACUUCAGCAGGCCUUGAAGUAAUGGUAUGGAUCCAUGGUGGAUUUUUGCAAUGGGGAAGUGGACAUGAGCCCGGUGUUUGCCCGUCGGGGAGAGUGGCAAAGAGACUGAAUGCUGUUUUUGUGUCCUUCAACUACCGACUGGGAGCUCUGGGUUUCAUGGCUUUAGACAUCUUGUCCCAAAACCCUCAAGAUGCCAAAGGAAACUACGGAUUGUGGGACCAGGUAGUCGCGCUGCAGUGGGUCAAGCAAAACAUCCGAGCCUUCGGGGGAGAUCCAGAAAAGGUAACAGUUUUUGGUGCGGAUUCCGGAGCUGCGUCAAUUUUAGCACUUCAAUCUUCCGAAAUUGCUAAGGAUCUCUUCCGCUCAGCCUGGCUUUUGGGUCCAUCCUUCACGUUCAAUCGCACCUUUGAAGAUCUUUCUCAGCACCAUCGCGCCUUUUUCCUCGCAAGAAGUAGUUGUACAAAUGCCACCUGCCUUCGUCACCUACCAGCACACACGAUAGCGGAAACUUAUCUGUGGAAAGACGAACCAUCCUUUAGAAUACGGGAUCAGAACGAUCUUCCUAUUCCAGGAAUUUAUCCGGAGCAAAUGAUAGUACUAGACGGUGAACUUCUGCAGCAGACGCCCAUUGAAGCCAUAGCGUCUGGAAAUGGUGAACAAAUACCGACUCUGGUAGGUACAACUGCUCAAGCAAUAAAUAUAUGGCCCGGACCUGAUGACUUAUUCAAGUGGAAGUGGAGUCAACUUUCAAAGUAUGUGGUUACCAGCUUAGACAGUUUUGGACCAGGAAUAAGCCAUGAAGCAUUAGAGUUGUAUAACACUUCUCUGAACGGGGAUAUACAGUCACCGGAAGAGGUUUACAGUACUAUGGUGAGUGAUCUGAGACAGACUUGUCCUAUCGAUCACAUGAUUCAUUUUAUUGCCAAUGCAUCCACAGUACCACUGUACAGAUACGUCAUCACCUCUACUCCAUCCAUACCGAUAAAAAUCCUGGGAUAUCCAUCAUCAUAUGCUUUUCAUCAGUGGGACGUAGUAGCUUUCUUUGAUCAUAUGGAGCAUUAUUUGGAUGCACCAACAUCAACUGAUUUCACCUUUCGAGACGAACUUCAUCGGAUGGUGAGAGCUUUUAUUCGUUCCGGAGGUAUGCGCGACCCCAUUCCAGGGUGGAACAUGUACCCUCUGAAUAUGGCUCAAAUCUCUAGAGACAAUGUCACAAUCAUCAAGAGUUACCACGAAGACAAAUGCAAUUUCUGGAAGAGUAAAGGUUUCGAAGAUUUUGCUUGGGUCAGUUAGAUGCUGUUCAAGAAGGAUUUCGAAGAUGCCUCUAAACGCGGCACGAACUUUGCCUAUACUUUGGACAAACAUUUUAAAAACAAAUAACUGAAAUGUUUGUGUGUUCAGAAGCUAAAGACAGUUCGGUCAACACUUUUUCCAUGAUAUUGUAUAAAUGUAAAUAACAAACUUUGUGGUACACGUAAGCGAUGAUAGCUUAGCUGAAAUUUGUACAAUCAUGUCUGAAAGUCAAGCUGAUAGAAAUUUACUAUUUACCAAGUGAUAAAAAUAUAUAGAAUAAAAAUCAGUGAAACAAGUUUAUUUAAAAAAUUACGACAAGAAUGAACGUAGGGACGGUAAAAAUGUUAUUAACAUUUACAAUUCUGUAGCUUUUUUGAAGACAAAAGUGACGUCAGUGAAAUAUAUGAGUCAUUUUUUCAUAGAAAUAAUAAGAAAGUUAACAUAUUUUAUCUGAUUACAAAUGUGGGUGAAAAACAAAAUUUUCCAAUCAUAUAAUUCUUCGUUACGCAUAUUUAGGAUUUCGAAAUUCGUAUUGAUGUAUCCUCUAGUUUCAGAAUUUCAGUUGGUUCAACUCCACUUCAUUGUCAAAUUUAAAAUUUAUAUAAUAUUUUGUUGAUUGUUACUGACCAUCAGUUUUUUUUCUUUUCUUUUUUUAAGGUAACAAAAUAACUUUACCCCCAAAAGGGAGUGUGGAAUUAUAAAACACUUUUUAAAGCAUAACACUAUUUUUAACUUUAGAAAGAAAAACCGAAAUUACUGUUUUGCCCUGCUGUCAAGAAAAUACGGUGUUUACUACAGUAUUGUUAAAUUAAAUUGCUUCAAAAAAUUAUUGAAACAAAUAAAACUAUAAUUUAGAGGAAUGGCUUUGUUGUGAACUAGGGGGGUUAUUGCGAUUGGUAACUACUAAUUUCAUAGUUGGUGACACUCUACCACUAUAUAUCCCACCUAGUGUUGCCAAAGUAAUUGGUAAACACUAUAAGAAAACUUAUAAACGAAACGCGUGACAGCACAUUAUUGAUUUCCGUGAAAACGUAAGAUAAUCCAAAAAUAAGUAAAUAUCUUUUAAAAGCAGUAAAAUGCAUUCAAAUGUAAAAUGAAAGCAUGAUCAACAAGCACGACACUACCGAAGCAAUAUGUAAAAAUUGGUUAGAGCCUACGAACCCCUUUUCUACAUUAUUAGAACUAUAAAAAAAAUCCGAUAUCGAAACCCAAAAUAAAUUUAUAUUUUUCCAAAAUUUCACCUAAAUUGAGUUAAAAGAUCUUUUACUUUAAUUUAUUUAAAUAAUCUAUGGUAAAAAAAUGUGGCAGAGUUUAAAAGUAUUUUAAUCAUUGUGAGAUCAUGUGUUCAUGUUUUCUUUGAAUAAUUUGUCAUUAAAAAAAGGUUAUUAUUAUUUUUUUAAUUGUUGUGCAUAUCUAAAACUGUAUUAAAACAACUUUCACAAAGUAAUCGACUAAAAAAUGUAUUAACUUUAUUCAAAGACUUCACCGUUUUUUAUGAAACAAAUGUUUAUCGUACCUGUUUGAUUACUAAUGUGAAAACAAAGUGAGCUCAAUUCAGUGCCAAAAGCGAUUUACAAUUUUUUAGACUACUUAAAGCAAUAAAUCCUUUUCUUCAACAUAUAUUCUAGGUUUCUUACGUAAGCACAUUAAAAAAAAAAAAAACUUAAUUUGUUGCAGUUAAUGAGUUAAUUUUUUUAAUGAAAAUAUAUAAACGUAUUUACUUUUUUUUUGUUGCUUGAUUAAAAGAUUUACUUUAAAAAACGUAAACUAUUUCUGAAACAUGUUGAAAUUAUUAAAUUCAGCACAGAAAUUUUAAUGUGUAGUGAAAGAAAUACGUAAAAAUGCACGCAAAAGUAAAAAAUAAAUAAAUAAAUAAAAAUAAACAGCGCGGAAUGUUUGAAGUGUCGACUUUCUUGUAAGAUUCUUUACAUUUAAAAGUGUCUCAAUUAAAAUUUUACAUACAUGUCAAGUUUUACGUUAGUAUUAUUUUUAUAUAUCAUUCACUAAAGUAUGUGUUUUAUUUGUCAGUUAUGCAGUGUAAAUUACUUCAAGUCAGCGAGCAUUUUUUAAUUGCAUUGCAGCAUUUUACUGUAUAAAGAUAUAAUAAAAUUAUUGUUUAUGUA